AUGCCGGUGCUAGAUGGGCUUCGAUACGGCGAGCCGGUUGACGGCAGUCAGAGUUUCAAUGAACGUCCAAGACAAAAGAUCGUAAUUGUCGGGUUAGGGAUGGUGGCUAUUUCUUUGAUUGAAAAAUUGAUCAAACAAGACACCGAGCGACGAUACGACAUCCUAGUAAUUGGAGAAGAGGCGCACGUCGCGUACAACCGUGUUGGCCUUUCUUCAUUUUUUGAACACCGCAAGAUCGAAGAUCUAUACUUGAAUCCGAAGGAAUGGUACGACUCAAUCAAAGAGCGUGCCUUCGACCACCACCUCAACACCACAGUCACCUCAAUAAACCCCACCAACAAGACAGUCCAAACAUCCACCGGCGACACAGUUAGUUACGACAUCCUCGUCCUGGCCACCGGCUCCGAUGCAGUCCUCCCCACCCAGACCCCAGGCCACGAUGCCAAAGGCGUCUUCGUCUACCGCACGAUCUCCGAUCUGGAGCGACUGAUUGACUUCGCAUCUGAACAUAAAGGCGAGACAGCUGUGACCGUUGGAGGUGGCCUGUUGGGUCUCGAAGCUGCGAAGGCGAUGACCGAUCUGCAAGAUUUCGGAAACGUGAAGUUGAUUGACCGAAAUAAGUGGGUGUUGGCGCGCCAAUUAGAUGGAGAUGCGGGGAGUUUGGUUUCCCGUAAGAUUCAGGAGCUGGGACUUGAUGUGUUGCAUCAGAAGCGGGUGUCGGUCGUUACUACUGAUUCCGAGAAUAAUGUCACUGGCAUCACAUUUGAAGAUGGGGAGCAUAUUGAUUGCUGCUGUAUUUGCUUUGCGAUCGGUGUCAGGCCCAGAGAUGAACUAGGAGCUUCAGCUGGUAUCCAGUCCGCCUCGCGAGGAGGUUUUGUUAUCAAUGAGAGCCUUGGAACUUCCGUGCCAGAUAUUUAUGCGGUGGGGGAAUGUGCCAGCUGGGAGAACCAAACCUUUGGAAUCAUCGCACCUGGCAUUGAAAUGGCCGACGUACUAGCCUACAACCUUACCAAUGUUGACAAAGAGCCCAAGAGCUUUACUCGGCCAGACCUGAGCACAAAACUGAAGCUGCUCGGAGUGGACGUCGCCUCAUUCGGAGACUUCUUUGCCGACAGAGAUGGACCAAAGUUUCUCCCAGGCGACCGACCUCUUAUCGGCAGCACAGUUGACGAUGGGCCCGUGAAGGCAUUGACAUACAAGGACCCGUUUGGUGGUGUCUACAAGAAGUAUCUGUUUACCAUGGAUGGUAAAUACUUGCUUGGUGGUAUGAUGAUCGGAGACACCCGGGAUUACCUCAAGUUGAAUCAGAUGGUCAAAGCACAAAAAGAGCUUGAGGUUGCUCCCAGUCAAUUCAUUCUCGGAGCUCAGGCUGAUGGAGAAGAGAAUGCGGAUGAUCUCGAUGACAGCACUCAGAUCUGCGCCUGUCACAAUGUGACUAAGGGUGAUGUUGUUGAGAAUAUCAAGAGUGGAACGUGUACGACAAUCGGUGAAGUCAAGUCCUGUACGAAAGCAGGUACCGGAUGUGGUGGAUGCAUGCCAUUGGUGCAAUCAAUCUUCAACAAGACCAUGCUUGGAAUGGGACAGGAAGUUUCAAAUCAUCUCUGCUCACACAUCCCCUACUCUCGAGCCGAUCUUUACAACGUUAUCGCAGUUAAACAACUCAAGACAUUCGUCGAGGUGAUGCAAACAGCAGGAAAUAAGCCAGAUUCCCUCGGCUGUGAGACAUGCAAGCCUGCCAUCGGAUCCAUUCUGUCGAGUUUAUUCAACCCACACGUCAUGGAUAAAGGAUAUAAUGAACUGCAAGACACCAAUGACAAAUUUCUUGCCAACAUCCAGAGGAACGGAACAUUUUCCGUUGUGCCUCGAGUUCCGGGUGGAGAGAUCACGGCUGACAAGCUAAUUGCUAUCGGUACGGUAGCUAAGAAAUACGGUCUAUAUUGCAAGAUUACGGGCGCACAACGAAUUGACAUGUUCGGUGCGAAGAAGCAGGAUCUCCUGCCUAUUUGGUCUGAGCUUGUUGAUGCUGGUAUGGAGAGUGGCCAUGCUUAUGCAAAGGCACUGCGUGCCAUCAAGAGUUGUGUAGGCUCUACAUGGUGUCGUUUCGGUAUCGGAGACAGUGUCGGUAUGGCAAUCCGAUUGGAAGAGCGCUAUAAGAGUGUUCGAGCACCACAUAAAUUCAAGGGAGCAGUGUCCGGCUGUGUACGGGAAUGUGCCGAGGCGCAAAACAAGGAUUUCGGCCUCAUCGCUACAGACAAGGGUUUCAACCUCUUUGUCGGAGGUAACGGAGGUGCAAACCCCCGUCACUCUGAACUACUAGCCAAGGACGUCCCAGCCGAGAUGGUCAUGCCGAUAGUAGACCGAUAUCUAAUUUUCUACAUUCGCACUGCCGACAAGCUACAAAGAACAGCCCGGUGGAUCGAAAACCUACCCGGAGGCAUCAACUACCUACGAGAAGUGAUCAUCGACGACAAACUCGGCAUCUGUGCCGACAUGGAGCGACAGAUGCAGGAGCUAGUCGAUAGCUACUUUUGUGAAUGGACAGAGACAGUCCGGGACCCCAAGCGGCGGAAAAAGUUCCAGCAGUUCGCAAACACGGACGAAACUGUGGAUACAGUGGAAGUCAUUCAAGAACGGUCGCAACAGCGUCCAACAUACUGGCCCAAAGACUCUGUCACGGAGGACUUCAAGGGCCAUCAAUGGUCGAGUCUCUCCUGGCAACCUGUUGUCAAAGCAGAUCACUUUUCCAAUGAGCCGCCGCAGGUCUCAUCGGCGAACGUGAAGCGCGGGGAUACCCAGCUUGCUGUUUUCAAGAUCAAGGGCAAGUUUUACGCGACGCAGCAGAUGUGUCCGCAUAAACGGGCGUUUGUGUUGUCUGAUGGCUUGAUCGGUGAUGAUGAUGCGGGGAAAUACUGGGUUUCAUGCCCGUAUCAUAAGCGCAACUUUGACCUGAAUGGUGAGCAGGCUGGCCGUUGUUCAAGUGAUGAAAGUAUGAAUAUUGCUACUUUCCCUGUGGAAGAGAGGGAUGAUGGCUGGAUUUAUAUUAAGCUACCUCCGGUUGAAGAGCUGGACUCAGUUCUUGGGACGGAGAAGUGGAAGGUUAGGAAGGGAGAAGCUCCGGAUCCGUUCCAUAAAAUUGAUAAGAAGUAUAAGGGGAUGAGAGGGAAGAAGGUGGCUGAUGGUGAUGUGACCCGGCCAACUGUUAAGCCAGCUCAGGGAAUUGACUGGUAA